UACCGAGCCGUUUGUUUCCAAACUUCCUGAUAUUAAUCUUAACUGUGACAAGGAUGGUAUCUUGUUUGGAACCACUUCCAAACCCGCAGAUGAUAGCACCACAUAUUCUAAACAUACUGAAGAUUAUUAUUAUAAAGAUUCUUGCUCUUCUACUUAUCGAAAAUGUCAGUCAGAUAAUCCCCAAACAGUAAUUUAUGAAGAAGGUAAAACUUUCACCCGAGCUGAUAUUAUUCUGAUUUAA